AUGGGCUCACUGCUCAUCAAACCUGUCCAGAGGAUCAUGAAGUACCCGUUGCUGCUUGGGGAACUGUGGCAGGCCACACCUGAAGACCAUCCUGACUAUCGGCCGCUGCAGGAGGCAUUCACUGCAGCCAAGAUCAUAAAUGUGAACAUCAAUGAGUUCAAGAGGCGGAAGGAUAUAGUUAUGAAGUACAAGAGGUUGGAAGAUGAAGGCACACUGAGGGGCAAACUACACAAGUUAAACAUACACUCCAUCCGUAAGAAAGGCGACAGGUUUGCUGGCUAUCUCAAGAUCCUCACUGGAGUCGAACCACAGGUGAGAGAUGAAGUAUUUGAUAGAGAGGAGAAGCUGUUCAGGGGUCUGGAGAAGGCUGUGAGGCAGCUGGUCAAGAAUGUGAACUGUUACCUGCAGCACACUCAGGAGAUGGUGUCUGUAGCUGUCCAGAAUGUCCAGGACAUGGAGAACAUGGUUAAGGAUCCAAACAAAAAUGGCAUAAACGGCUCAUUGCACAAUAAUGGAAAUGACCCCUAUAAGCACUUUAGAGACAGUAUGGAGCGCUUGGUCCUCCUCCCCCUCUCCUCCCUGCAGGGCAUGUUCACAGCCCCCCAGAAGCUCAUACAGAAACGUUACGACAAAUUGCUGGAUUACUGCAGCCGCCUGGAGCGCUCUUCCUCUUUUUCAUCCCCAUCAUCCACCGCUUCGUCCUCUCCUUCAACGUUGUCAGAGGACCCGCCUGGUCCUGCGAGGAGGGACUAUGAGGCUCUCAAUGCCUUGCUAGUGGAGGAGUUGCAGAGGUUCAACAUGGCUGCCUAUACUAUCCUGUCCAACUGUGUGGUGUAUCUAGUUGCCCUACUCAGAGAGCUGAUGGAUAAAAUACUACUCCGUGCUCCAUCCAUACAGCAGCUACCAGCUCCAUUGUCAAACAUUGCUGAAGUGCAGAACAGCAUCAUGGACGAGCUGAAUAAUCUGGCUUUUGUUAAAGAUAAUGCACAGAAGCUAAUGGAGCGCAAAGUCAGCUUUGAGAGACAACGAGACAAGAAAAUAUCGAUGCUGGAGGUGCAGCAUCAAACCGAGGAACAGCGUGCCUGGCUGUUGGCGGAAUACCCGCUGAGCCGUCUGUACCAGCUGAAGAGGAAGUGCAACGGCUGCCAGGAGCAGGACCUCAGCCUGCUAGAAGGAGAGCUGGUCGCCCUGUUGGAGGACACAGACCCAUUGGGCAGCAGCAGCCGCUGGCUGGUUCACACCGGAGGUACACAAGGCUACGUCUAUUCCACAUUCCUGAAGCAGUACAACCCUCUGAGGGACUCACAGCGGGCAGGCCAGAUGGCCAAAGAGCAGCAACAGCAGCAGCCACCUGCCAUGGCGGACGACGACUUCGACGACCUCAGCCUGUUUGUGUCAGGCAGUGGCAGCAGCAGCCUGCGCAGCUUCAACCUCAAUACCACCGACAGCAGCUCAACCCUCUCUGGUCUACAGGGGGAGCUGGAGAGCCCAGAAGACCUGGAGGACACACUUGACGCAGAGGCUCAGCAGUUUUAUGCCGUGUAUGCAUUUCAAGCCCGCUGUGACCAGGAGCUGACCUUGCAGGAGUACCAGCAUGUCCGCAUUCUCAAAUUCUGUGACCUGGGAGGCAAUAAGGAGUGGUGGUUAGCUGAGGCUAACGGACAGAAGGGAUAUGUCCCUGCCAACUACCUUGGCAGGAUGUCCUAUGCCUAA